AUGGCAAAACGACGCACGGACAGGGCAUCAGCCCAACAGCAGAAGACGCUCCCGUCUGUUUUGUCGUCCCCGUGGGCCUUUCUUCGUCCUACCACCGAUCUCCAUUCCACUGUGGCCGACUCCGCCAAACAGUUCCUCGAUCCCUUGGCUGCAUCAAUCGUAGACGCUCAAUUCGCUCGCCGACAGAUCAACAAGAAGCGAAAGAGGUCAGAGUUGGGACCGGAGGAUUCGCAGCCCCUACAGCUAAAAAACCUUUACGUCGACGGCUUCACCUCGAAUCAAAUAUGGGAACAAGCGACAAGGAUCCUGGAGUCUGCCGGAGGUGAAAUCGAGCGAGAUAUUGCUUUGAUUUCAAAGCAUCAGCAGCCAUCUCUCGAUAUCUCGGACCCUGAGGACGCACAAUCGGUCAGCGACAGCCAGAACAGCUUGUCAGGUGUUUCCGAAGAUGAGGCUAGCAUCGAUGGGAGCAUGGGGACUGGCUUAGAGUCUGACUUGGAGAACUCUGAUCUGGACCUCGAGGAUCCAGAGUUGGCGGACGAGAUGGGUGAACAUUUGUCCGAAGACGAAGACGACGACAACGAUGUCUCGGCUGCCGAGGAGGACCCGGGCACCUAUGCAGAUGACAAAUUUGGGCAGUCCGAACUGCUGGAGAGGCAGGAUGCUAUGGGCGCGCCAGAAGAAGACGAGGACAGCAGCGAUGAGAUUGAUUGGCAUACGGAUCCGCUCAUCGCUGGAAACGCUUCAACUAUCCGCGAGAAGGAUGGACGGAAAAAGCCAAGCAACCUCGAGGACGAUGGGGAUGAUAGCAGCGAAGAGGACGGGCCAACUUUCGGCAAUGCCGAUCUCAAUGCCGGCUCGGAUUCUGACGACGAUGAGAAUCUUUCCGACGCUGAUGGAAAUGACGCUGCUGGCUGGGUUAACACCAGCGAUAUCAAAUAUGCUGAUUUCUUUGCUCCGCCACCGCGCAAAGUGUCUACCAAGAAGGCGCGCGCACUCCCGAAAACUCAACCCAAAGAGACCAUCAUGGAUGAGGAUAUCAACCGAGCCAUGGAGGAUGUUCGUCGCGAUUUGUUCGAUGAUGAGCCUUCUGAUCAAGGCGAAGAAGACGACAUGGACGAAUUGCCUGACGCUCAGGGUGAGCGUUCCACCCACGAGAAACAACGCGCACGCAUUGCAGAUGAAAUUCGUCGCCUGGAAGCGGCAAAUGUGGCGAAGAAAGAAUGGAUGCUUGCUGGAGAAGCCCGAGCUGUGGAAAGACCGGUCAAUUCUCUCAUCGAGGAAGACCUUGAUUUCGAGAGAGUCGGGAAACCGGUUCCGGUUGUCACAAAUGAAACCACCGAAGAUAUUGAGGAAUUAGUCAAGCGUCGAAUUCUCGCUAGUGAAUUUGACGAAGUGCUUCGCCGUCGGCCAGGCGCUUCGGAUGCGCGGGGUGCCAAGAAGAGUCGAUUUGAGCUCGAUGACACCAAGCCCCAGCAAAGCCUCGCAGAGCUCUACGAGGCCGACCAUCUUCGUGCUACGGAUCCGAACUUUGUCGAUGCGAAGGACCGCAAGCUGAUGCGGGACCAUGCCGAGAUCAACAACCUUUGGAAAGAGGUCAGUUCCCAGCUGGACACAUUAUCCAAUUGGCACUACAAGCCCAAGGCCCCGCAGGCGAACAUCAACGUUGUGACCGACGCUCCCACCAUUAUGAUGGAAGAGGCGCGUCCGACGGCAGGCAGUGCUACUGCCGGACCCACGGGACUUGCGCCCCAAGAGAUCUAUGCGCCUGGAGACGAUGGCCGAGUAGCGGGCGAAGUGGUCCUCAAGAAUGGUGCCACUACGUCCCGGGAGGAGAUGACUCGGGAGGAGAAGGCCCGGUUGAGGCGGCAGCAGAAGAAGAACAAGAGCAAGGAGAAAACCCAGUCCGUCGGACAGCGGCCCAGCAAGGCGGCCGAGAAGCAGCAGCUGGUGUCGGAUCUGAAGAAGGGCGGCGUCAAGGUGAUCGACAAGGAGGGCCGAAUGACGGAUCUCGAUGGGGGCAAAGUCAGUGCCAGUGCAAAGAACCGUGCUGAUACCCUAAAGUUGUAG